AUGCGCCUUUUGAGCGUCAAGUCUCUCGAAGUGAAGGAGUUUUCUGCAAAUGUAAUCCCGCCCUAUGCUAUUCUCUCUCACAGGUGGCUGGGUGACGAUGAAGAGGUCAUUCUCCAGGACAUAGAGCUGCCUGUUGCCAAGACGAAGCUCGGCUACGAAAAACUCGUCAAAUCAUGCAAGCAGGCCGAAAAGGAUGGUGUCGAAUACGUGUGGAUUGAUAGCUGUUGUAUCGACAAGACCAGCAGCGCCGAGCUCUCCGAGUCUAUCAACUCCAUGUUCCGCUGGUACAAGGAGGCCGUCGUGUGCUACGCGUUUCUCUCUGAUGUCCCGAGCGACUCUACCCUGGAAGAUGAUUCCCCUUUUGCCAAGAGCAAGUGGUUUACUCGUGGCUGGACACUCCAGGAGCUGAUCGCGCCCGAACACCUGCGUUUCUACUCUCAAGAAUGGAAACCUCUUGGGAGCAAGUCACAUCUAAGCGGAGUCAUUAGCCGGAUCACCGGCAUCGACGAGCUGACCUUGCGAGGCCGCCGAGAACUACAUCUGUCCUCGAUUGCAGCCCGCAUGUCGUGGGCCGCCAAGAGGGAGACAACCAGGGAAGAGGACAGAUCCUAUAGCCUCCUUGGCCUCUUUGGCGUCCACUUGCCCCUUCUGUACGGCGAAGGUGGUAAAAAUGCAUUUCUCCGCUUGCAAGAAGAGCUCAUCCGAAUCAGCGACGAUCGGUCAAUCUUUGCGUGGCACUCUGGGUCUUUUCGCCCUCAAGAGGAGCUUCUUCUCGCUCUUUCGAAGGGCUCAUCCUUCCUGGCUUCUUCCCCCGCUGAUUUCAUCAGUUGCAGUGACAUUGUCAUAUGCAAUCUGGUUCGGAAGCCAUCCAAUUUCGUCAUAACCAACGCGGGCUUAAGGAUCGAUGUCCCCAUCAUCUUUGAGUAUGAGGGGAGCCCCCCCGAGAGGCGCGCGCACGCCAUCUUGUGGUGUCGCCGGAAGACUGAUUAUGAGAAAAUCAUUACCAUUCCAGUACUGCUUGACGGAAAUCGCUGUGCCCGCGCACAACGAUCAAUGAAACUAGUCAACCGGCGAUGGGCCAUCUCGCGCUCCUUCAACCAUACUCUGUACAUGGACACCGGAAAAAACAACCGCUCAACGGUUGAGGCAUUUCCCCAGUUCGAUCUCGGAGCCUCCGUACUCGUUCUGCAUUCUCUGCCUCUCGGAUACUGUAUCGAUACCGUUAGCCCGUCCGAGAAUUGGGAGGGUUGGUCUCCCACCUCUGGACGCUUAACGAGCACGGGGUUGGGAGAGACAGUAAUCGGCAUCAGAGCAGAUGGUUCUACGCGUGUGCCGCUCGAAAACCUAUACAUGCUCGUCAAGCCCACGUACGAGACAGGACUGUACGUCCGUCAGCCGAGGCACAGACUCGCCCUCAUCGACCACAACACCGACAUCCAACGCAACGCAUGUCAACCCCCAUUUCUUUCAUACUUCGAAACAUCUGCGCUUCUUCCAGAAGACUCAAUCCUUGAAUCGACGGGAGGCAAUUUUGCGGCACGAGUUUCGGUGGAUGGCGACUUCGCGCCCCAGAUUGACGUUGUUGACCUGAUCAUCGACCACUCAACCUUCAGGAACUUCAAGAUAUGGAGAUCACUUCGCUACCACAAGAACCUAAAUGCAGAAAGGCUACUGCGCCUUCUACCUUUUCUCGCGGCUGCUCUACUGACGUUCCUGCCAAUGGCAUUGCGUCUGAAACCGCCUCACUUGUGGGUCAAGCGAAGCCAGUGCCGAGAAGCUGAGGAUGAAGACGGAAUCCACAGAGAUAUGUCUCAUGUCUUUGUCUUCAUUUUCUUGUUCAUUUUUCUGGCUUUCCUUAAGGCAACUUCUGGACAACUCGGCAUCUUCAGCUUUUGGGACACCUCGCCAUCGGGGCAAUUUGGGUCUCGCAUCUGGGGUCACAGAGCAGUAAGGAAGGCUUACGAAUGGAGCAAGGCGUCCAUGCCAAUUCUUCGGGCCUUGAUACUGCUCUUACCGGCCCCUGCAGUAGCAGCCCCAGCCGGCCAACUUGCGGGAAGCUGGUUCAACUGGCUCUUCUCCUGGUUACUUACGGGGCUUCUUCUGUGGGCAAGUUCUCCGAGGUGGUUGAUGGCCGUCAUACAUGCCCGAGCGUUCUUCCUUUUCAGAAUACUAUUCUUGCUUCAGUGUAUCGGGGCUAGGCUGAGAGGUAUCGUGAAACGCGACAGGAUGAUUGAUCCGACACUCUAG